AUGCCAAUUUCCUCCGAAAAAGAAGAGAUCCUUCUCUCAAAUGCCCUCGAAGCCUAUAAAUCAGGCCAAUUUAAUAGUAUUCAGGCCGCAGCUUCUCAUUUUGGCGUCUCAAAGUGGAAGCUUCGCAACCGGAAGGACGGCAGGACAAAUGGAAAAGGCCGUAUAGCCACCAAAAAAGCCCUGGAUCCCUCGCAAGAAGCCUCUCUUAUUCGCUGGAUCGAGCUACUCAAUUCAGUAUAUACACCACCGACUGCUUUAGAUAUUGAGGGCGCUGCAAACCGCAUUUUACAGCACUGCGGUUCCGACCGGCAGGUCAGUAAAAUGUACGGCUACCAAUUCAUCGCGCGCCUACCACCACACAUCACUCUCCGUACACAAAAGCCUAUGGAAAAAGCGAGAAUCGAGGCCGAAUUACACGGUGAAUUAGUUCAUUGGUAUAAGGUCUUUGGCCAAUUCCUUAAAAAGAAUAAAAUCCAGGCCCACGAACUAUAUAACUGGGAUGAAACUGGCUUUCAGCUAGGUAUUGGAACUAAGGAAAACGUGGCUUCUACCCGCGAACGUGAGACUAUUGCGACCGGUGGAAUAGGCCAGAAUAUCACUGGUAUUAAGUGUAUUUCGGCCGAUGGCUGGGUUAUGCAUCCAUGGUUUUUAAUGCGUGGUUCUGAACAAAUGGAAGAUUGGUACGACAACGAUAAUGACCCUUCGAAUUACCGGGUUAUUAAACCAACUACAAAAGGCUGGACGGACGAUAAAACUGCUAUUCAAUGGCUAUUGGAUUUCCAUUAUACCACCAAAAAGCGAGUUACUAAAGGCAGACCUAGGGUAUUGGUUAUGGAUAACCAUGGUUCUCAUGGAACCCCGGAGUUCGAAUAUAUCUGCCAAAGCUUAAACAUUAUACCUUGGUGGUUUAUACCAAAAUUGACACAUCGAUGCCAGCCUCUCGAUGGCAAGCCAUUCUCGGUCCUUAAACAGAAGUUCCGAAAGAAGAAUAACGAGAUCGUACGAUGGGGUGGAGAUGUUGACGAUAAACGGCACUUUCUUCAGAUGAUUAAGACAGUUCGUAAGGACACAUUUAAAGCACGAACUGUUAAAUCAUCAUUCUAUGAUACUGGCAUUUGGCCUUAG